ACCCCGCAGCAGGCGACAAGGCUCGGCCCCUCCGCCCGGACCAUCUGCUCCGGCCAGGAGCAGCCCUGCACCCCAGGCCCCUCCCGACGGCCGGCCGGCACGAUGUUCGGGCUGUGGAGAACCUUCACCAGGGUGCUUUUCUACCUCACUCUGGCCGUGGGCCUCGGGGGCCUGGUGGGGAACGGGCUGGUGCUCUGGCACCUGGGCUGGCACAUCAAGAAGGGCCCGUUCUCCGUCUACGUCCUGCACCUGGCGGCCGCCGACUUCCUGUUCCUCGGCUGCCAGGUGGCCUUCGCCAUCGUCCAGGCCGCCCUGGGCUCCCAGAACACCCUCUACUUCGUGGUCACCUUCCUGGGCUUUGCCGCGGGGCUCUGGCUGCUGGCGGCCUUCAGCCUGGACCUCUGCGCGUCUGAGGUCUUCCCCACCUGCCACGGGAGCUGGCGCCCCAGACACGCGUCGGGCGUCGUGUGCGGCCUGCUGUGGGCGCUGAGCCUGCCGGCCGUGCUGGUGCCCGCCGACGCCUGCGGGCUGCUGCGCGGCGGCCUGCACCCGGGCGCCUGCCUGCGCUACCACGCGGCCAGCAUCGCCUGGCUGCUGGCCGGGGCGUGCGGGGCCUGCGGCGCCGGGCUCGUCCUCUUCCUCUGGGUGGCCUGCUGCUCCCGGCGCCCGCGGCCCCGCUUCUACGGCGCCGCGCUGGGCUCCCUGCUGCUGCUCCUGUUCUGCGGCCUGCCCCUCGUCCUCUACUGGAGCCUGCGGCCCCUCCUGGACUUCCUGCUGCCCGUGUUCCCGCCGCUGGCCGCCCUCCUGGCCGGCGUGCACGCCAGCGCCAAGCCGCUCAUCUACUUCUCGGCCGGCCGGCAGCCCGGACGCCGGCAGCCGCUGCGCGCCGUCCUCCGGAGGGCCCUGGGGGCCGAGGGCCGGCCGGGCGCUGGGGGGCUGGCCCUGCCCAUGAGUGCCGUGUAG